AUGUUUGGCUUCAAGAACAAAAAGGGUGUACGCGCUGCGACUGCGACUUUGUUCUCCACCCCGAAGACCCCCACGUCAUCUCAUGCUACUUCAUGUAAUCCAUUCGAAAAGGUGGUUAACAUCGGUAAAGACAUCUGCCAUUCAUUCUCCACUACCCUAGGCCGCAAAACUUCUGAGGAGCCGUCCUCGAUUGAUCAGUCGAACUCACCGAUUCGUCUACCAAGCAACACGCCUACAGCAACGACUUUGUCGCAUCAUACAUCAGAAGUCUGCAACAAUGAUCCACCCUCACGAUCAUCUUCAAAAUCGACUGCCCCAACCGACCAUUCUCUCCCGUAUCUUGAAUAUGGUGAGACAUUCUUCGUACCGGGUACACUUCCUGAUGCUGAUAAGGACAAGCAUUGCGAACGCGCGAACUCCAACAAAGAAGAUUCGGAUGACGAUGGCGGCCCGCGUUGCGACUUCAAGACGAUUGAGGCAGUUCCCGAUGCAAAGUACCGCGAACUGAUCAAGGCCUGCGAUCUUUCGUCCUCGCCCACCACCACCGUAGAUGUAGUGCGCCGUACGAAGGGCACGUACAACGCAGCGACUUUCGUCACUGUUUCUGAAGGCGAACAGACUCGCAAGUACGUUGUCCGCGUCCCUGGCCACGGUACGCUCGCACACUGGCAAAAGGAAGACACCUACGUGCUGAAGAACGAAGCUCAGCUAAUUGAGUACAUCCGCAAGAACACAACCGCGCCUGUCGCACAAGUCAUUCACUACUCCACUGGUCAUGACAACGCGCUUGGUUUCCCAUACAUCUUGAUGACGAUGUUGCCCGGCACGCCUGCUAACAAUAUCUGGUUUCCAGAAGAUUAUCCCUCCGUCGAUUCCCAUCUUAUCUUCCAACAUGCGGAUGUGCCGCCUCCCCAUAUUGAAAAGAAGCGUCUUACGUUGCUACGCUCAUUGGCACAGGUAAUGAUUCAGAUUCAGACUCUUAAAUUCGAUGCCAUUGGAGCACCUAACUUCGACGAUGACGGCAACCUCACCGGUAUUGGACCCACGUGCCACUGGACACACAAAGAUGGCGAUGAAGCUUUCAAGCGUCCACCGGCUGCUACAACCGAGGACUUAAUUCUCCAUCGUCAGCCGGCGUUCCGCGGGUCACCUGGCGAGACUUUCACCCUCCAUCACAAUGAUCUCGAUCUACAAAACAUUCUUUGCGACGACGAGGGCAACGUAACUGGAAUCAUCGACUGGGACAAUGCGAUCGCAGCACCACGCUGCAUCGGCGCCACAGCUGUCCCCAUGUUUCUCCGCAGCGAUUGGUUCCCAGAAUACACAUUUGGUCUCGGGAUCCCGCCGUGCAUGGCAUGGAACUACGAACACUACCGCGAGAUCUAUGCUGCCGCUAUAGCUGAAGCCAGCGAUGCUGAAAACGCGGAGUUCACGAUCAAAUCUGGUCUCUACCAAGCCGCUGUCGCUGCAGUAACUCAAGGUGGGGACGCAGAUAACCUCAUAUCCAAGUUACUCCGCGAGAUACCUCAUUGUCGUGUGAAUUAUUGGGAGUUCAUUAGGGGGCUGGGUCAGGGUGGUUGGGUAUCUGCGCAGAGCUUGCUCGAAACGCACCUUGCGCGGAUCUUUGAGCCGGCGAUGCCGCCUGAGGGUCUUCUUGAGGCGCUGGAUAAAGAGCUGGAGAUACAGACUACUUGGUGGUCGUGCUGUGACGAGCUUAUCGACUUUUAUGAGGUUGAGAAGGGGGUGAAGGGCGAUGAGGAGGACGAUGGUUGAACGGAAAGCGCGUCCACACCUCAAACAAUACACUACGCCUCACUACCGGAAACCGACGAUAGCCAUGUUUUUCGACUAAACACCCCACUAUCUCAAACCUCAUCGGUUGGCAAAGAUCGCAAAUAUUAAGGAAAGAGACCGUAAUACUGUCGCAUCAUCAUACGAUACGGCGCCUGGCUCUUCAGAAGUGUUUUGUCUACACGAUGGCACCCCGAAGUGAAUGGCUGGCGCAACGUGACAGGCGCUCGAUAAGCAGCAUCCUCUACUUCGGCGGGAUGUAUGCUUGAAAGUUCACGGUAGUCAAGGCGG